CCCGCAAACUACCAUUUCCCGCUCUAAGAAAAAACCUACUUCCCGCUCACGGGCUCUUCGUCAGAUAAGCCCCCCAACCCAAACAAGCCCUAGCAGAGAGAUCACGAACACAGGCGAUCCAAAGGAAUCGAAGCCCGAAUCGAAUCGAGGGCGAUGGCUGCGUACGACACCAAGGACGACGUCGACCGCCUGUUCGCCUGCUUCAAAUGCGGCGUUUCCCCUCCCCAGUCGGCGUUCAGGGAGAGGCCGCUUCGGCGGGGCAAGAUUGGCGGCGGCAGCGGCGGGAGCUCCUCUUCUGCCACCACGCCGGAUACGGCAGAAAAAUAUGGCGCGCCGUCCUCGGCGGCGAUCAAAUUUACGGGCCGCAAGCAAAUGUCCCCAAUCGUGUUCUACGGUUCCCCGCAAGGUGUCCCGGUGAAAAAGCCGCUGAGCCUCUUGAGGCUUCUUCGUGAGAUCCGCAUUGAUCUGAAGAAGCAAACCGACUUGACACCCAGGGAUGUUGUCUGGGCUACCUUUCCGAGGCAAGAGGAGGCGAUCAGGUUCUCGAAGGCGCAUGUACACACCAAUGUCUUCAGCUAUCAAGACCAUUUUACUAGGACAAGAAGGUUCCUUGUGUCCACAUACGAGGAGUUCUGGAGAAGGUACAAUGAUAUGGAUCCCAAGAUUCGCCAUCACUAUGAAGUUAUCCAGGAGGGUUCACCUUGCCACAUUUACUUCGAUCUUGAGUUUAGUACAAGAUUGAACAUGAAUAGAGAUGCAGAUGAAAUGGUGGAUAUAUUGGUUGCCAUCAUAUUUAAUGCCUUACGAGACAAGUAUUCCAUUGAAGGACAUGAAGAGUGCAUCACAGAGUUAGACUCAUCUACUGAUGAGAAGUUUUCACGCCAUCUAAUCAUUCGUAUGCCCAAGACUGCAUUCAAAGACAACUCCCAUGUUGGUGCAUUUAUCUCUGAGGUCUGUUCACAAAUCGCAGCUCAACGUGCAGCCAAUCCUAACCUUGAUAAACUGUAUAUUACAAAAAAUAGCAGCUGUACAGGUCCUGUUGAGCAGCUCUUUAUGGAUACUGCCGUUUACUCUCGUAAUCGUUGUUUCCGUUUAGCUUUCUCAUCAAAGUCUGGGAAGAAAUCAUUUCUUGUGCCUACCAGGCGUUUCAAAUGCAAGGAAAUGAAUGCUAAAGAUAUCUUUAUGGAGUCACUUAUUUGCAAAUUAGAUGAUAACUGUGAUAAACUUUUGAUAUGCAAGCUGGACCUGGAAUGCAAGAAAACACUGCAUUUUGACUCUGAAGUCAGCAUGCCACAAAUUCAAGGAAGGAACUGCAAGGAUCCCAUUGCUACAUAUCGAAGUGAUUUUCCUAGUGAAUAUACUUAUGGAAAAUCUCCGUUUCCAGCUUUGGAUGGCUUUAUUGAAUCUAUCGGUUCUUUUGGAAAUGUUUCAGGAAAAAUUCGAUCCUGGUAUUGGUUUUCACAGUAUGGUUUGAUGAUCUAUAGCAUGUCAAGGAGCAGAUACUGUGAACAUAUUGGACGUGAGCAUAAGAGCAACCAUGUGAUGUACAUUGUUGAUUUCCAAAGAGCUGCGUACUACCAAAAGUGUUAUGACCCUGAUUGUCAAGGUUAUCGCUCUCCAUUGCGUGCUGUACCCUGGGAUGUGAUGCCUGAACUUAGCUCUGCAGUAGAGUCGGCCCACACAGAAUAUCAGGGGAAAAUUGUAGAAAUCAAUUUUGACGAUUUUGACGACAGCAAGAGGAAUGGGCAUCUGUCUGGUGGUAAAUCUGUUAUGGAGAGCGGCGAGGAGGAUCCGGAUUGGUGGGAAGAAGCAGUAAAAUUUGCCGACAGCAUCGAGAACAUCGAUCAUGCUUCUGGGCUGUGUAACUUGGAGAACGAUUGUCAAGAUGCUGACUUCUGGAUGAACGCAGAGAGGAUUUUGGAGCAGGUUGAGGGGCAAAUAGGAUCACAGAGGAAUACAUAGGUUCCUGCAGUAACAUUGUUACCGAUGAUGUCGAUGUUACACGCAGCUGCGCCGGAGCAAGCUUAAGGUUAUGACGUGAGUAAUCGAGUUUCAGUAUUGUAUAGGUGUAGCUGUAAGUCAUCAUCGAUGUGGUGCAGAAGAAGAAGCAGAACAGAGGCAUUCUUGAAUCGUUAUGAUAAAUGGACAUCAUUCUAGCUGUCCAGAUUGUAUCAUCUGACUGAUUUAAUAGGGAGCAUUCUGCAAACAUAAACCGUUCUGAAAGCAGCACGGUGUUGGCAACAAUGGAACCUAUUGCCGUCCAGUUGCGGGCUUCUAUAGGUUCCGCGAGUUUCAGAAGGUAGAUUAUCGACUUCCAUUCGCCAGUUAAUCCACUACACAGGUGCAAGUUAACCGCUUAGGAGUGGCCCAAAAGAUGUGUUACAAGGGUGUGAUCAUAUAAUCCGUCCAAUACAAAAUGUAUUUAUGCG